ACGAAACAAAAAAUUUCUCCUCCGCCAUGUUUGUGUGGAUGGCGCAAGUGCACUUCCGUUUUAUGUCCCACUGUUGUCAGCUUUCGCUGUGUCGAUGUGAUUUAAGUGUAAUAAAACCCCGAAUAAUGGAAAAUAUGGUGUUAUUACGGCACUAAAACGUCCACACGUGCAAUAUCGAUAAAAACUGAAGAACGAUGGAGAACUCGGAAACGAGCUCCGAACUAUUGGAGAAUGUCGUCAUAAGCGACGUGCCGACCCCGCAAUACGUUUUACAAAGAAUGCCCGAAAAUUCGCAACUAUUAGGAACGGAACUACUUCAGCACCAUAACGGUCUCGUUGUGGAUCUUGCCGGAACCGAUUUUAUACCAGUUAGUUACCCCUCGGAAGCUCUCUUAUCGCAGGAUUUAACAGAGGAGGAUAGGAAUUUAGCGGCGGCUUUGGUGGCCGUUCAGUUGAGUCAGCACCAGAAACAGCAGCAGCUUCACGAAACGGGGCUUCCCUCACUUGUACCAAACGCGGGUCUAGAUAAUAAGAUUUUGGAGGAACAGCAGUUGAUUUUGAGUGAUAAGGAGGCGUCGAUUAGCAACGGUUAUUUGCAAAUAGUCGGCUCUGAUAAUAUAUACGUGGAGAAGCAGGCUGUGCCCAAAAUCGUAAAUAGUCGCUUCGUUAGUUUUGCCGCAAAUAAUUCGGAAAAAUCCGAAGAUGAGAAACGCGGCUCAGACGGUGACCAUCGAACGUCCCGUAAAAGUCUUCCCCACAAGAAGCGAAUUUCGCGCAAAUUGAAAAAACAAAAUCCCACCAAAAUCCAGUGCAAUCUGUGUGAACAGACGUUCACUUCAAACGAUGAUUUUGCUCAACAUGAGAUUCUAUGCCAAACUACAAUCACACCGGUCCACAAUACGGCCUUCUCUUGUCAAAUUUGUAACGCCAAUUUUCACGACCAACUCCGCUUUUUCGAGCAUUUGAAAUCACACUACGAACCCAAUAAUCAAGUACAGUCGACUGCGAUUGAAAAAAACGAGGUGGAUUCGGAAAAAGACAACAUUUUUUCGACUCUUUUAAACCUGACUUGUAUCCAGUGCAAUAAGACAUUCCGGCGCCAGAAAGCGUUUGAAACCCACAUGAAAGAAGUGCACCAUAAAGACGAUUUGAACGAAUUUAGCGAAACUGAAGAUCUGAUGGAAGGGAUCAAUGUGGUGGUGGACCACGAAACCAAUUCGGACAACGACACGAAAGCUUGGUACAGAGAAGAUGAGCUGCACCAGACCGAGGAAGAUCUUAAAGAAUUGGAAGCGGAAGAGCACGUUUGUCACAUUUGUAAACAACCGUUUCCGCUUAGAGCGAUUCUUUUGCAACAUCUAGUGACUUGUAGAGCUGAUACGGGAAAUACAGAACCCACAGCACCAUCUCUCGUUAAACGAAAAAACAAGAAGAAAGGGAGCAUGCAUUGUCGGGAGUGCGACCGGGUUUUUACCCAUCGUAAUUCUUUGGUUUAUCAUAUGAGGAGUCAUAGUGGCAUACGUCCACAUCAGUGUGACCAAUGCGGAAAAAGCUUCUUCGCGUCAAGUGCGCUCAAAGUGCACUUGCGCCUACAUUCAGGCGAUAAACCGUACCAUUGCCAGGACUGCGGCAAGAAUUUCCGCCAAUGGGGCGACUUGAAGUACCACAUGACCUCACUCCACUCCAACGAGAAGCAGUUCCAGUGCGAAUACUGCGGUAAAGACUUUGCCCGCAAAUACUCUCUUAUCGUCCAUAGACGGAUUCACACCGGUGAGAAAAACUACAAGUGUGAGUUUUGUGGAAAAACGUUUAGGGCAUCGUCGUAUUUGCAAAAUCACAGAAGGAUUCAUACAGGGGAGAAGCCACACGAGUGUGGCAUUUGUGGUAAGCCGUUUAGGGUGCGGUCCGACAUGAAACGUCACCAGAAAACGCACUCAAAGCGCUCUAUUUUGGGAAAACCGAUGAGAUAUAACGCGCCACAGAAUAACGAUAAAGUUAUAAAAUCGGAAACUGGGAGUAACCUAUCUGAGGAUGUGUAUGAGUUGAAUGUGAACGUGGAAGAGGCGGAGAAUGCUCCUGGGGGGCAGAUUUUAAGUUACGAUCAUGACCAGUUGGAGACCGUUAGAGACGGUGGCACCUUGUAUCAAGGACAUCAGUUACUGUUAGUUAGUUAUUCCACGGAUGUACCCAUUAGGAGUGUGGAUUCGGCCUCCACGUGGAUCCAAACCGGUUCUUGAUCUCGUUAGCGUCUUUAUUUCUAUUUUUUUUAUAUAAACUAAGUUAAUAUGAAGUAUUUUAAUAAAUAAAUUAUAUAAUUUUGAA